UCCGAAAUAUAUCUCGAAAAUGAGAUCCUAAACUUUUCUGGGCAUGCGUAGCUUUGUAAACUUCCGACAUGUGUUUGAGUCGUUUCACUUUGACCUGAAGUAGCACUGAAGAGGAGUUAACAAGAAGAUAGUGAUCAAGAUGGCCACAUAUUGGAAAUCACAACCGAAAAAGUUUUGUGACUUCUGUAAAUGCUGGAUAACAGACAACAAACCAAGUGUCGACUUUCAUGAAAAAGGGAAAAAACAUCAGGAAAAUGUGAAGAGGAAGAUUGAUGAGGUGAGGAAGAAAAGUAGCAAAGAUGCUGAGAAAAAAGAAGAGGCAGAAGAAGACUUCAGGAAAAUGGAGCAGGCUGCACUGGAAGCAUUUAAGAAAGACCUUGCAGAGAACCCAGAACUUGCAGCUCAGUACAGUGCUAAGAUCAAAGCAGCUAAGGAGAAAGAAGACCUUUUAAACGAAAAGCUUGAGGAAGAGAAAAACUCUGAGGAAGAAAAAACUACCACAGAAGAGGCUGGUGAAUGGUUAGAGGCAAAAUCUCCAGAGGGAUACUCUUAUUACUGGCAUACCAUCACAAAGGAGCCUGUCUGGGUUGCACCAGAAAAGUUUGUUUCAAUGGAAGAGCAAAGGAAAAGGGAGGAGGAGGAGGAGGAGGAGAAAAAGGCACAAGAAGAAAACCAAAAACAGAUGGUUCCUGAGGAGAGUUCUUCAGAACAAGUGUAUACCUCAGCUUCUAAUGUUGACACAGAGACAUUACUAGGAAUGAGUUUUGGACCUCAGCCCCACCAGCCUGUCAAACAUGUUUAUGGAUCUUGGGUGACAACCUCUGAUACGACGGAGUUUGAAACUGAACCUAUUCCCCUGGAACCUGUCCCUGUGGACUGCAUACCCCUCCCGGGAGAAUGUGAAGCACAUCCAGAACAAAACUCAGAUCAGCCGCCAGACCAGCCACAAAAACCAAAGAGAGACAAAUUUAAAGAGAAAAAAGUUACCUCCCUUGGAGGAUCCAAAGGGGAACCUGUUGCUUUUAAAAAAAGAAAAAUUGCCUCAGGAGCGAGGAAUGUGCGGCGUCGAGAUGAAGAUGAUUGAUAGACAAAAAACUGUAGAUGUUUUUCGUGAUGAAUUGACUGGUGAGGAGGUCGAGAUGAAGAUGAUUGAUAGACAAAAAACUGUAGAUGUUUUUCGUGAUGAAUUGACUGGUGAGGAGGUCGAGGUGAAGAUGAUUGAUUGUAGCUGUACACAUUUGAAUGUAUGGAUGGGUUGGGAUGUAAUCAGUAUGAAUGUCAUGACAUAAGUCACAGUCAGUGCUGAUUCUGUGUUACUUUGUGUAGGUUAGACCUGCAGUACUAGUAUCAAUAUCAGACCUGGCUUUUUACACCUCUGUUAUAAAAUAGGGGCUCAUUGCCCAUAUUCAUUCCAUCGUGUCCCGUUGAUCAACGCCGGUUUUGAUUCAAUGUAAACACCUAGGAACUUCAUUGUAAGGCAGAUUUUGAUCAACCAUUAUGCAUAGGUAAAUUAUGAGCAUACUCUGGAUAUCAUUGUGUUUCAGGGUCAAAGCCAACAUGACCCUUGCUAUAUAUAGAAAAUCAUCAACUGAUUCAAUUUAAACACUAAGGUCAAGGCCUGCGUGGUGAGGCAUUCAUGUCUUGCAGACAUUUUCUAAUGUAAUUACAGCAGGAAAUAUUCUCAAGAAACAGUUCUUCUGUUUGUCAGGAACAUGACUCAGAUAAAUGAUAUGGCGAUGAUAUCAACAUGAAACCUUAUUGUGGAUGUUCUGCUCUAUAUAUAGAAACAUCUCAACACAGAUUUUCUUUUAACUUUAUGUGUAUCCUACAACAUGUCAUAUAGAGCUCAGAACAGGUUUUUAUAAAUCACUAAAAUGGAUGGUAGAGGGGCAGGGAUCAUUAAAAAAGAUAAUAGUCAAUUGUGAAAAAUCAAUUACCAUCGGUUUAGAUAAGUGUUCUGAUUUAAUUUGAUAUCCAGAGCAACAGAGACCCAGUGCUGUCUACAGGGUGAUGCCUGUUAACCUUUAGGGUCAGAAGAGACCAAGUAGGUGAUAUGAAAACCAGUCUUUGAGAUACCUAUUUCUUCUGUAUAUGGAUUGACCAUAUAUGGUCAAAAUCUAGGGGAUGACAAAAGACUGAUGUUUGUCUGGAGCAUCAUGGGAAGGGACUUUUAACAUGCACAGAUCAAUAGAGAAUACGGAGGUUGGUAUCUACAAGCAGAGGUUUUCUGUUAAUUUCUCUGGUUACUCUGCUGUUUGUUAUAGAUAUGUUUGUACCAAUAUUGACUUUUCACAAUAUAAGUAAAACAUACUUUGAGAUUAAAUGUGAAAAUGAUGGGCAUAUCUGUAUUUGGAAGACAAAGUUUUGUAAUCUUAAAGGAGAAACAGAGCUGAAACACACCUUAUUAGGUAAUGGGAUGCAUACAUCAUAUCUAAGUAUAGGUAUUCUUUGGGCUAAGAGAUCUGAAAAAAAAUAUAUGUAAGAAGUAUGUCCAUAUGUGAGGGACCUGUUUAAGUAGGGUAUUCUGUAUUAACACUUGUUACUACUGCUAUACUAGAUGUCUGUUCUAUAUUUAGUAUACUUUGUGUUUCUACAUAUGCUCUAUUGAACAAACUAAAAUUAAAAAGAAUUAGUAAGACA